GAAGUUGUUGGAGUGUACAUAGUGUCUUUGAUUUGAACGCAGGAGGGAAUAUAUCUAGGGUUCUUUUGAUUAAAAAAAUCAAACUCAAAUCUGCUGAAGGAUCAGUGUUUUGUGGCUAAGCAGCGGGUUUUUCUGGUCUGGAUGUGAACUGGGCCUGGCGUUUCACUCGACAUGUUAUCACCUCACAAGCACUGCCUGUCACACAGGCUCCUCUUGCUCCUGCUGAUCGGUUGCUGGAAAGCAGACGGAUCCCCAAAUGGCACAGAGGCAGGGACCUUCACGCAGCUGGCCACGGGCCCCUCCGGCAAAUACAUCUUGGCGAAGGAGGGCUCCAGCAUGCUCAUCGAAUGUAACGUGACUGCAGAUCGAGAGGAUGUUAGGUGGUACAACUCUAAAGGGCUUCUCCUUGGAAAUGAAGAAGGUGGGAAGUGGCAGGUCCAGGAGAAGGGCGUCCUAAACAUCACGGUGGUGUCCUUCAAGGACCGCGGUCGCUACACCUGCGUGGCCUUAAGCAGCGUCGGCGUCAGCAGCAACUACACCGUCACUCUGCGUGUGGCCUACACCGACAGCGGCCUGGGGGUGUACUUUGUCGCGGUGUGCUUGGUGGCCUUCGCCAUCACCAUGGUCUUCAACGUGGCGCGCUUGUGCAUGGUCAGCACCCACCUGAAAGAGACGGAGAUGGUCAUCAACGAGUUCUUCCGCACCGAGGGCACCGAGAAGCUGCAGAAGGCGUUCGAAGUGGCCAAAAGCAUCCCCAUAGUGACCUCGGCGAAGACGGUGGAGUUUGCAAAGGUCACCCAGUUCAAGACCAAGGAGUUCGCCCGUCAUAUCGAGGAGCUGGCGCGCAGCAUUCCUCUCCCACCCCUCAUCAUGAACUGCAAAUCGUUUACGGAAGAGAGCAUGAACCCGGAGUGUGAUCCUGCGGAGUCGGCCACGGCUGCAGCGUGGGGCAGGCCGGCGUUAGGCCCGCCGUGCCCUGACAGAAGCGAAGGAGAAGAGGUGCGUGUGGCAAUGCUGUCGAGUGGAGGUCAAAGCAGUGACUUCAAGGUGUCAUUGCAUAGAGUAAAGGUUGAUGGUGAGGAUGAAGACCACCUAGAUGAAAGCAAUGCAUGAACUCUGGAAUUCCAGCAAAGAGACAUUUUUUUUAUAGCCAAAGAGGUUGAGGUGAUGUCUUUGAAGAUUAUUCCUGCACGUGGUCAGAGCUCAAGUUCUCAAACAUCUGUUAAAACUAACUUUUUUCUUUUUCCUUUGCUUUAAGAAAUUGUUUAACAAUUAGAUUUCCAUUCUUGGUCUUUUAGUUCAGCAAUUUUAGCUCAUUUCACUUCUUAAAAUGUCAUUCAUUCCUCCCCCCCCCCCUCGUUUUGUUCCCUUUGACGGGUCGUUCAGCCUCCACAGAGAAAAUGUUUCCUUGUAAUAUCAUUAUCUCACCAUUUUCAUUGUUGUCACAUCACUCGUGGAAAAUGGGUUUUUGGAAGGCUUGAUUGCCGUCUCACAUGUCUGUUUACGCAGGUCUUUGUUUGUCUGAAAGCGGUUAAUUACAGGGCCGGAAAUAAGCAAUUCAGCCAAAGCGGUGAACAUUUAAAUGUCAGAGGAAAAUUUUUACAGUUCUGCAAGGUGGAAUCUGAAAGACAAACUACUUCCGCUAAAAAUGUCCAAUUUGCUCCUCAAACAUGGUCUGACAUCAAAUGCUCUGAUUAUGUGAGAAAGACUUUAAUUUUUAUAACUUGGUUGUUUUGUAUGCACAUAGUGACGUAUGAAAGACAAAUUUGACACUUAUUUGAAUGUUACUUUCAGGGGAUUUAAUAUUUUCUUUUUUAUUUAUAAAAUUAAAAUCACAGGUUGUUCAUAUCUGGAAGUUUGUCCCUAAAGAAGUUGAAUUUAGAGAUGUCUGAAAGAUGUUUAAGGGGAAAGAAAUGCUGAAUAAGCUGUACCUGUUUCAUCCUCUUUGUGGCUCUGAACGAAAUGAAAUAAAAAGAAUCAGUAUGAACAAAC